AUGGGCGACGGCCCCGACGCCGCCAACGGCUCCUUCACUGCCGCCAUCGGCGGCAGCCCCGACGUCUGCAGGCGCUUGAACCUGGUCGCGACCGUCUGCAAACAAGACACGGGCAUGGCGCGCAUGGCCGGGUGCCUGCCCAACUACCACCCGAUGUGCAGCACCAAGGGCAGCGUGGUGAAGCGGUGCACGGAAUACCCGGGCUUCGCGCAGCUGCCAACAACCAAGGCCGUCAACGACGCGGUGAAGCAGCUGUGCACGGCAAAGCGGUCGCGCCCCGGCUGCGCGGCCUGCCUGCCGUCCUUCGACGCCGCCAAGACCUAUGGCAGCUGCGACCUGCUGGGCACCUGGGGCGGCAUCUGCGCUGCAGAGCCCAAGCUGCCCCAGUGCGCCAACCACACGGCUCUCUGCGCCAAGGACAAGGCCUGGUACUUCUGCAAAGCGGGCGCCACCGCCAUCACGGACAAAGGCUGGAAGCUGCUCAACGCGACACUGACAGCUGCCGCCACGACGGCCGCUGGCCCCAAGGCAGCAGCACACGAUAUGUCAGGCCAUGACAUGGCCGGCCACGACCAUGACAUGGCCGGCCACGACAUGGCCGGGCACGACCACGACCAUGACAUGGCGGGCCACAACAAGACAGCUCCCCGAGGGCUCUACGAAUCGCCUGCCUCUGCCAACACUACUAAGCCCAAGGCGGCUUCACGCGCCGCUUGCGCCGUCGCAGCUCCUCUGCUGGGCCUUGCCCUGGCAGUGGCAGCUGCGUUGGUGUGA